CUUCCGAGAUCCGUUCGGGCCCCCGACCUACGACGGCGGCGACGACGAGCACCGCGGCGGCGGCGACGAACCCGAGGCCGGCCGGCGAUGAUGCCCGUACGCACCUACCAUAACCACCACCACAGCCACAGCAGCCACAACCAUCGGCUCCGCCGCAUCAUCCCCCGCGUCCUCCUCGCCGUCUUCGCCAUCUACGCCGUCUCCUUCGCGCUGUACCUCCUGCGCCAGUCGCCAGUGCCACACCCUUCCGCUGACCCCGAGCACGAAGCCGUAGCCGUAGCCGUGUCGGAGGAAGAAGACCGUGGGCAGGUGCAGCAGGCGGCGGCGGGCUCCCAGAAGCCAUGGCCUCGCCUCCCCUCCUUCCUCCCGUGGACAGCCGGAUCGGUUCAGCCGCCGCCGCCGCACUCCUGUGAGGGGUACUUCGGGAACGGGUUCUCCCGCCUCGUGGACCUGCUCCCCGCGCGGGGCGGAGGCGGCGGGUGGUUCCGGUGCCACCACAGCGAGACGCUGCGCAGCUCGAUCUGCGAGGGCGGGAGGGUGCGGCUCGACCCGGGUCUCAUCGCGAUGUCGCGCGGCGGCGAGCCUCUCGACCAGGUGAUGGGCCGCGCCGAGGAGGACGAGCUGCCCAAGUACGAGCCCGGCGCGCUGCAGGUGGAGGGGGCGGCAGCGAAGAGGACGUGGCCCUUGGUGGAAGCGCGGUUCCUCGACGCCUACGUGCCGGCCGGCGGGAUCGGGAUGCACACGAUGAGGUCGCUGCUCGACUCAGCGCGCGUCGUGCCGCCCGGUGAGCUACACUGCUCGCAGUGGGUUGAAGAACCAACACUUCUAGUAACUCGGUUUGAAUAUGCAAACCUUUUCCAUACAAUUACGGACUGGUACAGUGCAUAUGUCAGUUCCAGAGUCACAAAUUUAUCUAACCGCCCUAAUGUGGUCUUUGUGGAUGGACAUUGCAAGGCACAACUGGAGCAAACAUGGGAAGCACUUUUCUCAAAUGUGACAUAUGUUAAGAAUUUCUCUGGCCCUGUUUGUUUUCGACAUGCAGUUCUUUCACCAUUAGGCUAUGAGACUGCCCUAUUUAAGGGGCUUAGUGAGAGUUUUAGCUGUGAAGGUGCUUCUGCUGAGUCCCUUAGAGAAACACCUGACCACCAGAAAACUGCAAGGUUAUCUGAAUUUGGUGAGAUGAUUUUAGCUUCUUUUGAUCUUCUGAGGGAUAACAUAUUGUCAGCCAAGACAUCAAAUGGACUCAAUGUGCUCUUUGUUCGGCGAGAGGAUUACUUGGCCCAUCCACGGCACAGUGGAAAGGUUGAAUCGAGACUAAGCAACGAGAAGGAGGUAUAUGAGGCAAUUGAGAGCUGGGCAAAAGGUCAGAAAUGCAAAAUAAAUGUCAUCAAUGGUCUUUUUGCCCACAUGAACAUGAAGGAGCAACUCCGUGCUAUCCAGGAAGCUUCAGUAGUAAUAGGAGCACAUGGGGCUGGUCUAACACACUUGGUUUCAGCUGCCCCAGAUACAAAAGUUCUGGAGAUCAUCAGCAGCAUGUAUCGGCGCCCUCAUUUUGCAUUGAUCUCACACUGGAAGAGCUUAGAAUAUCACGCCAUAAAUCUCCCUGGAUCAUAUGCAGGAGUCACUGAUGUUAUUAAUAAAUUGAGUAAUAUACUGAAAGGUCUUGGAUGCUGAGACAGAGUUAGGUAUUCAUCAUGAAAGUCACCACACUAACAACACAAGUGCUUACAAUUUCAAUGGGAAGGAAGGAGGUUGCAUGCACCUGUGAUCAGUGAAUUGAUGCAUUACCAGGUCACAUCACCUCAUCGGAGGAAUUUUUAUGCUGCCAAAUGCGGAGAGAAAUUAUGCUGAUUAACCAGCAUAAUCGUGGAACAAGAAGAUAGCCCAAUCCCCUUCCUGACACCAACCAACCACAUGAAAAUCCAUGCUGCCCACACCACUCUUACCAUGAAUCAAUGGUGUGCGAGAUCAAUCCCCAAACUGUAAUUGUAAUCAUUUGGGACAUUCAGCGACAAUUCUUGUAUGUUAAUGCAUAGUGUUUGAGUGCUUCUCCCACUAUUCAGAUGUUAAAAAACUUGCCUAAAUGGAGCAUGGCAAAUUGUCAUGCCCUCUUCCUUUGUGCAUGGUUCAGCAUGACUAGCCCUAGUUUCUGCCAUGAUGCUGAUUGCUGAAGCCAUGGCGGCCUCAUCACUCUGGAAGAUGAAACGGAGUCCUCAGGCUCAUAACGCCAGCUGCGUACUUGCUCACUUUGUUCCAUUUGCCUGCCAUUACUGUACUCCAUUUUUAUUGAUGUGGGGGAAGACGAUACUAUAUAUUAUUAUUGAUCUAUUGUUGUGGGGAUGGCCCUGCUUACACGCCUGGGCGUGUUUCUUUCGGCUCGAAGCUUUGUUGCUGUUAUUUAUCAUUUAUGUCUCACCUACUGUUUGUGCUGCCAUGUUGAUCGAUCUUGCAGGAAGGAGAGGAAGGAAUGAAGACGAAGAAGAAGAAGAGGAGGAAGAAACGGGGGCUGUGGGCACGGUGGUUGCCCUGCCUGCCUGCCUGCAUGCGCAUGUGUCCCGGAGGAGCACAUGCCGUGUUGCUGCCUGGACUGGAUCCACUCCUGUUAUGGGCGUGGCUGAUGAUGGGUGAUGGCUCGCUCUCUCCGGCCGAAAUCAUGCCUGUUUCCUUCGCAUUUAUGUGGCCCAAGAUCAACCGGAAUUGCCUCCGGUUUCUACUUGGUUGGGCGGCUGUGGCCUGGUCCGGACGCCUUCGGAUGCGGCGGUGCUGCCGGUGGUUACAGGGGUACUGGUACAGUACAUGUACUGAUGUACAGCCUUGGGGCUCAUGCGACUUCCAAUUGGCAAAGGGCUAGCGACCGAAAAGAAAGAAGAAAGCAAUAUGCGCAUUGAUUGAGACGACUGAUGGUGGUGGGAUGAUGAACUCCAGGUAAGAAAUGGAUUGCAGCGAUGGCUAAUCAAUUGGAACAGUAGACGGCGGUUGGACAGGGGCCACUGCUCACUGCAUGCAGAGGGAUGCACUGUGCUGCACAGCUCGCACACUUUAAUCUGACGCCUCCUCCAUCCAUGCAUCGAUCGGACGGAAUGGACCGCGACACUACGACGCCAUGUACACGCACAGUGUACGUAUUCAAUGCCAUCUAACUACUACUACACCUGCAAUUUUUCCUUCUCUCUUGUUUCUCUCCUUCAGGUGUGUCCAUGAAUGAAAUGAAUGCCUGUGCGUCAUCUCAUCGAUCGAACGACGACGACGACGACACUGAAUGACUUGCUCCAUGAUCAUGUCGAGGUCGAGACAUGCAUGUAAAACCAAAUGCUGCACUGGAGAGCAUUUGCAUCCCGUGUAGCUGCAUCUGCGAGGCAAGUUCAAUUUGCUACUACUAGUAGUAGCUACCAGCAUGCAUGCAUGUGUUUGCUUCAGUAUACAUAUACAUGCUUCAGUGUUUGAUUUGGCUCUGCAUGGAUGGAUGGAUGGAUUCGAUCGAGAGAUCGAUCGACAGUGUGGUAGUAGUACGUAGUUCGUACGUGCUAGCGACAUGCAUUCAUGCGACCGGCAUAUCGCAUGCAUGCAGUAGUUUUCAUAGGCAUGAGCACAGUGCAAUGGCUUAGGUAAUCACAGUGUCAAGCUGCAGAGAGAGGUCUGUGUGCAUGUUGCGUUUGCUAUAGUGUUGCAUCAAUGAAGCUGUAGUAGUAGUAUGUGUGUCGAUCAUGCUGCUGCGAAGCUGCAUGCAAAUUGAAUCUUUCGAUUUGGAUUCUCAGAAGAAUCGGUCGGUCGAUCGAUCGAUCGCGGACUGCAUGAGAAUAUAAAUAUGCACCACUGUGUGAUUGUUCAUAUAUGCAUGCAUGCACCCUAGAUUACAAGAAACCUGGCCGGCUUAAUUUCAUUGCCGGGGAGCCGUGCGUGUCAUGAGAAUCAUGGCUGAUGAUGCAAUUGCCGUCCUCGAACAAUGUUGUGGUAUAGUAGUAGCAGUGUGUGCAGCGGCGUGCAUGGAGCUAGCAUAAUUGGUGGUUAUUCAUUAAUGCAUUUCUCUUCUAUUU